GGCGCUUUGAGCCUUGAGGAGGGAACAUGGAGCCAGUUGCAGGUGAAGUCGAGUUGUAGACGAGGAAAUCAGCUGCUCGGCUCACAUGGGAGCCACGUAGCCGGGGUUGCAAUGCGGGAUGAGAAGUCCCAGUGUCCGCCAUGACUCUGAGAUCCACGCUGUUCCCAGAGACCGGAUCCAAGCGGAGCACCGACAGCAUCGACUUCGACAUCGGGCACUUCGGCACCGUGAGCCCGCUGGUGCUGCGGAGGGAGCCCUUCGUCCUCCAUGUGCAGGACGUGCCGGGCGGACCCGACCCGAGCCAGGCACAGGUCCGAGACCAGGUUUACAUGACCAGCAAAGCUGCCCCGGCCGCCACAGUUGCAGAAGCAGUUCAGGGUGACAAUAAAACUGUGGGGGUGUUGUCCCCUGUCAGACCGAUGGGGGGUGAGGGAACCCCGGUGAAAGGUAAACCCCUCUCUGUGGACAACAUGGAGAACCCUCAGAUGGCUGUGAACAAUAACCCCAAGGAGGCCGGUGCCGAGGACAGCGGCAAGGGGGUCGUCCCCGGAGUCGUCGGCACGGCGUCCAUCGAGCUCUCGUCUGAGGGCAAGUGGAGGAACAUCAGGAAGACUCCGGCCAACCCGCACACGCAGGCCAACUGCCUCCGACAGAUCCUGCUCCUGCAGCUGGACCUCAUCGAGCAGCAGCAGCAGCAGCUCCAGGCCAAGGACAAGGAGAUAGAUGAGCUCAAAGCCGACAAAGAGACCCUGCUCGCUCGCAUUGAGCGCAUGGAGCGUCGCCUUCAGCUCACGAGAAAGGACCCACCCCGGGACAAGCGACUGUUCCAGCCCCUGGAGCCGUGGACCCCCGACAAAGAGGACAUGUGGGAUCUGGAUGUGGAGGAGAGUCCACAGCCCAACCAAGCCAACCCACUCCCCUUCAGUCGGGGUGGCAAAGGUCAAAAGAGGAAGUCUUGUUUUGGAGAUGCAAAAGUCCAGAAAUCCCGGGGCAAGAGUGCAAAGCUGAGUCCCCACAAAGCUGAGAUGCAGCCCGGGUCUCCUAAUCAGAGGGAGCUGCGGAGUAAGGAAACCCCCGAGAAGAUGGGUCCCAUGAGGUCUGGGGCCGAAAGGGACAUUCUGCUUCCGUGCAAAGAGGAGCCGGAGCUGAACUGCGAGAUGGAAGAGCUGCCCUUCAUGUCUACCACAGAGAUGUAUCUGUGUUGCUGGAACCAACCUCCUCUCUCCCCUCUGCGGGAGACUUCUCCUAAAAAGGAGGAAGAGGUGGCCAGUGAGUGGACUCCUCAUGUAGUUCAUGAUAUGCUGAUUGUUUUUCCAUCCUGGAGAGAAAACUACAUCGAGCCCUUGGAGGACGACUCCUCCAACUCCGUGGAGCCGAUGGAUGACGGCGUGUUUUUGAAACGCCAUGCGAAGCUCGAGUUGGAUGAAAAGAGGAGGAAAAGAUGGGACAUCCAGCGAAUCAGAGAGCAGCGCAUGUUCCAGCGUCUGCAGCAGCGCAUGAACAGGAAGAAGAUCGUCCAGGAAACCGAGCCGGAGGUUUCAUCCUUCUAUCCCGACAUCGAAGACGUUGAAGCUAUAGUGAUCACUCCUUUUUUGCCUGUGGUUGCGUUUGGACGGCCGUUGCCCAAACUCGCACAACAGAACUUUGAGCUGCCUUGGCUGGACGACCGGAGCCGCUGCCGCAUCGAGGUUCCCAAGAAACACACGCCUCACCGGACCUGUCGGAAGUGAAACCCACGUAGAGAGAGAGAAAACGCUCACGCCCUGAUUAGAAAACGCCACAUCUGUCUUGUCUGUGAUGGGGGGGUGUGGGGGGGAG